AUGGAGACCAGGGAGGAAAAAUCUGAAUGGCAGAACCUUGUGAAAGAGGCCGUUUUGAGUGAUUCUAGUGCACAGGAAUCCAACAGGGAAGAAAAACCUCAGACAUCCCACAUGAGGAGGGGCUCCAAACCCAGCCCAGGGUGCUCUGAGGAAGAACGACCCACCCUGAGCCAGGAAGGUGGACAGAGCUUCAGCCAGAGUUCCGAGCUGGUGGCCCAUGAGCAGCUUCCUGAUAAGGAGAAGCCCCACAAGGGCUUGGAGUGUGGGAAGAGCUUCAGACAGAGCAGCACCCUGAUCCGCCACCAACGCAUCCACACUGGGGAGAGGCCCUAUGAGUGUGGGGAAUGUGGGAAGGGCUUCAGCCACAGAUCCGCCCUCAUCACCCACCAACGCAUCCACACUGGGGAGAGGCCCUACCAGUGCCCCACAUGUGGGAAGAGGUUUCAGACCAGCUCCAAUCUCCUCCUGCAUGAGCGGAUUCACACAGAGGAGAGGCCCUUCCCCUGCCCUGACUGUGGGAAGGGCUUCAAGCAAAAGUCCCACCUCAUCACCCACCGGUGCAUCCACACUGGGGAGAGGCCCUUCGAGUGUUCCCAGUGUGGGAAGAGCUUCACCUGCAGCUCUGCCUUGAGCAGACAUCAAUGGAGGCACCGGUAA